AUGAACGCUCUUUACAAUCAUGCUGUGAAACAGAAAAACCAACUUCAACAAGAGUUGGCCAGGUUUGAAAAGAAUUCUGUGACCGCACCUAUUUCUUUACAAGGGUCCAUUUCUGCAACUUUGGUGUCGCUGGAGAAGACAAUCAAGCAAUAUGCAGAACACUUAAACAGAUAUAAAGAAGACACCAGUGCAGGAGAAAUCGAUCCCAAGUUUGCUAAUCGACUAGCAACGCUAACACAGGAUCUGCAAGACUUUACUACCAGGUUUAAGGAUUUGAAACAAUCCUACAACGAGUCUAAUUCGAGAACUCAGUUGUUUGGCUCAGGAGCAUCGCACGUUAUGGAUUCUGAUAACCCCUUUAGCACAUCAGAGACCAUUAUGAAUAAAAGGAACGUUGGUGGCGCGAGUUCAAAUGGUAAAGAGGGUUCCAGCAAUGGUGGAGGACUACCGUUGUACCAAGGGUUGCAAAAGGAACAAUCUGUUUUCGAAAGAGGUAACGCUCAGUUAGAUUACAUCCUGGAAAUGGGCCAACAAUCACUUGAAAAUAUAGUGGAACAAAACAAAAUUUUAUCCAAAGUACAAGAUAGAAUGUCAAAUGGCCUAAGAACAUUGGGCGUUUCGGAGCAAACUAUCGCCUCGGUUAACAAGCGUGUGUUCAAAGAUAAACUGGUUUUUUGGAUCGCGUUAAUUCUCCUAAUCAUAGGCAUUUAUUAUGUAUUAAAAUGGUUAAGAUAA